AUGAACACCACUCUGAUCUCGUCGGCCGCACUCAACGUACGGCGGCAGUUGCGGCCGACGGCACAACGUGCCUUGACAACAUCGAGAGGCUUGGCGACUUCCGGCCCCGCUCCGAGACGCGGAUUUGGUCGAGGUUUGGUUCUGGCUGGAACUGCAAUUGUAGCUGGGUCUGUUGGUUAUGGCGUUGCGCAGGAACCGCAGCAUGACCAUCGUUCAACCUACCGACGUCGUAUAACAAAACUUCCAGAUAACUAUGGCUCGGAAGAGGACUUUCGUCGAGGAGUCGAAGAGCUGCGUUCCCACUUUACCGAAAAUGGAACGUUUUCAGUCAAUCCGGAUGUCCUACAUGAACACGGUUUCUCGGUGAACAGCUAUCACGAAGGAGCACCCCACAGUGUUGUUAUAUCGAUGCCGGUUACACCCUACAGCGGGGGGACCAACCUGGAGGGUGGUACUCGUGGGCACCCACGAGGAGGCAUAUGUGUUGACAUGUCCGAGAUGAAUAAAAUCAUAAAAAUCAAUGAGGCCGACUCGGACCUUGUAUGCCAGGCGGGAACACCUUGGAUGGAAAUUAAUGCUACUCUCAAGGAAAAAGGCAUCCCGCUUUUCUUUCCGCUUGACCCUUCCCCCGCAGCAACAAUCGGGGCCAAUGCCGUGCGAUACGGUACAGCCAAGGCCGAAUGGUUUCUCAACAUAACUGUGGUGCUCCCCUCUGGUGAGGUGAUUAAAACACGAAGACGAGCCCGUAAAUCCUCGGCUGGCUUUGAUACUACGAAAAUAUUUAUUGGAGCUGAAGGGACCUUGGGGAUAAUCACAGAAGCUACAAUCAGGUUGACACCCCUUUUGGACACUAGCGUUGCUGUCUGCCAAUUCCCUAACGUACGAGAUGCAACCAAAGCUGUGGUAGAGAUCAUGAACAAGGGGGUUCCAUUGCAAUGCAUCGAACUAUGCGACGAUGACUUCAUGCGUGCAACCAACAAGUACGGUCAAUCAGAACGUAAAUACCCUGAAAAAGAUUCGAUAUACUUUAAAUUUCAAGGACCACCUGAGACUAUCAAACGCAGUGCCGAAGUAGCUAAAUCCAUUGCCGAAAAGCACGGAGGGACUGGGUUCUCAUUGGCUGCUUCGGAACAAGAGGCGGCAGAUCUCUGGGCCGAUCGAAAGAAUGCGCACUACUCUGGGCUAGCAUUACGGCCUGGAGCAAAGGGUUGGGCAACCGAUGUAUGCGUCCCGAUAUCCAAGUUACCCGAGUUGGUAUACAAAACUAAGAAGGAUAUAGUGGAAUCCGGGGUUGUAUCAACAAUGGUUGGACAUGUGGGUGAUGGAAAUUUCCAUACAUUGCUCCUGUUUGAAAAUGACAGGGAGCUAGAGCUUGUCAAAGGGAUUGUACAUCGAAUGGUAGAACGUGCGAUAGCACUGGAUGGAACCUGUACGGGGGAGCACGGCGUAGGGGUCGGUAAAAAGAAAUACCUGUACGAAGAGCUCGGAGAGGGUACUGUCGAAUUGAUGAAAACGAUCAAGAUGACGAUUGACCCACUUAACAUUAUGAAUCCUGGCAAGCUUUACCCCGACCACCCCGACCAGUCCGAUUAUUGA